AAUACAAACUUCGAGUAAUUGAUUCAGAAAUUAAAAGUUAGGAACUAUAAGCAUUCUUGUGAUGGGAAUUGUUGGUUACACCGUAGCUCUGGUGGUGAUAACAGUGAUAGUCUCUCCUUGUGUUUAUGGAAAACAGUUAUCUGAUCAACAAGAAAUCAAAGUACAAAGACUUUUGAAGCGGCUCAAUAAGCCUGCUCACAAAUCCAUUAAGAGUGAAGAUGGAGAUAUAAUAGACUGUGUUCCAAUAAGUAAUCAACCAGCUUUUGACCACCCUCUACUUAAAAACCAUACCAUCCAGAUGAGGCCGAGUUUUAUUCCGGAAGCUACGUACGCCAAGAAAGAGGCAAUGGAUAUAACACAGGUGUGGCACAAAAGUGGAGUGUGUCCAGAUAACACUGUUCCUAUAAGAAGAACGAAGAAGGAAGAUAUCUUACGAGCAAAAUCCAUUGAGAGUUUCGGGAAAAAGACUCAUAGGAGUCUCGGGAAAGGGACUCGUCAGAGCAACCCUGGAGAAGGCCAUGAGUACGCAAUCAUGAACUCAAGGGACGGAAAUUAUUACGGGACAAAGUUUGAAAUAAAUAUGUGGAGACCAGAAGUUGAGGUUCCCAACGAGUUCAGCUUGGCUCAGACUUGGCUUGUGUCUGGAUCUGGUUAUGAUACUAACACAAUUGAAGCUGGUUUGCAGGUGUGCCCAAUAUUGUAUGGCGACAGCAAUCUUAGAUUGUUUGUUUACUGGACGAGGGAUUAUUACCAAAGUACAGGAUGCUACAACACUGGCUGCUCAGGUUUUGUUCAGACGAGCAAAACGAUAACUCCAGGUGGGUCCUUCGCUCAGAUCUCACAAUAUGACGGAGUUCAGUACGGUCUCCCCAUGCUUAUAUGGAAGUCUAGCGGAAACUGGUGGCUAAUGAUCGGUGAAGAGUAUGUCGGGUACUGGCCUGGCAACAUAUUCACUUCUCUAGGAGAUCGAGCUACGAAAGUUCAAUGGGGAGGUGAAAUUGUAAACCAAAGGACCGAUGGGAGACACACAAACACUGAUAUGGGAAGUGGCCAUUUUGCAGACGAAUGGUAUAAGAAAGCUAGUUAUUUCAGGAAACUAGAGACAGUUGAUGGAGCCAAUACUCUGAGAGAACCACAAGGACUUUACCCCUAUGCAAGUAACGGUAACUGUUAUACCAUUAAAGCAGGAGACACUGGUAGUUCUUAUUGGGGGCAACAUUUCUUCUAUGGUGGUCCUGGUCGAAACGCUAAUUGUCUUUGAUUUGGAUCGGUGCGCCAAAGCUUUUCAGUAUUUCACAUGUGUGGUUUAAAUAAGAACGAACAUGUGAUAGUCGUGGUUUAACUAAAAAAAGUCCACGUCAUCAUGUUUAUGUGUCCUUGAUAUUAUGUCUGUAAAAGCUUUUCAGAUUGAUUUCACAUGUCUGUAUUUGAAAAAAAAGUGUAAAAUAUAAUAAUAAGAAUAUGUGUGUUUGAUAAAUCUAUAAUAUUAAAAAGAGAUUACCUUAUAGA